UAGGGGCAAUGCUGAAACCAGUUUUGGGUAUUUCAUUGUUCUCCGGUACUUCACUUAGCGGUAUAACGGUACCGAACCUUAGUGGCGUAGUGGUUGGGUUAUGUAGUAGUUAGUUCUUGUUCGAUUUUUCAGUAGGAAAGUUGAAGUUACAUUUUUGUCUAAAGUGAAAUGUAAAGUAGGAUUUGUCCCAGAGCAAACAGAAGCCAAAUAACACCACAUGCUUUCUAACGCGCAUCUCUGAACUCUACCAAUAGCGUUGGUUGCUGUGUUUAUAGUUGUGUUGAGUUGUAAAGUUAAGUGCAGAGCUAGUUACGUUAGUAAUUUUCUAGAUUACUGACUUGUAGUUAAUGACAUGGAUACGAAUUUGGGAUAAUUAAUUACUUUUCAAUAAUACGGUGUUUGGCAGUAGUUAUUGUAAUCCGGUGCAAUUUUCGCGCAUAGUUUUAGUCGGCGUAGUUAUUUUCUGCUGUCUGUUUUGGAUUUGGAUAAACCUAAAUUAAUAAAGCUUGAAUAUUUAAUCAAGCUGUUCUGUUCUGGGCACUCGUUCAAGAUAUUGUGUGACAUAAUCCUGUUCGGAAAACAAAAGUUCAAAGUGUUUUCUGUAAAGUUUAAAAAGAUCACCCAAACACUUUCCACAUUGGAUGAACAAGGGAUGAACUACAUCAGGAAGAUUGAAAGUGACAUUAAGAACAACUUCAGCGAUAAAAAGGCACUAUGGAAGGGCUAGCAUCGGCUGAUCAUUUUGAUAACAAGGAAGUUUGUCAAGAAAAAAUCAACAAUGUUGAAGAAAAGGCCCAGGUGACAAAUGAUAAUGAGCCUACAUCUGGCUCUAAACGGAACUACGCUGACGGGCAGUUGAACGCCGAGAACAACGAUGAUGAUGUCACCAAGAAAAAGAAGAGAAAGGAAGAAGAUAAGGAGCCAAUGUCGAAGCCCGCAGCUGCAGCACGCGGUGGACCCGGACGGGCUCCGAGUGGCACCAAGCCGCCCGGGCCGGCAAGCAAGACGGGCGUGGCUCCGCUGGGCAAGAGCGGUGGCAAGGGCUCCUCUAAGACACAGUCCGGAAAGGGCGCAGGAGGAAAAGUAAACAAUCAACUGCAUCAAAAAGGCGGGAAAUCGCAAUCUACGAACAAGCAAGAUAGGAAGAGUCCCGUGCAAAAUCAGAAAUCGGGUCAAGCUAAAGAGAUUGGUGAUGGAGAGUCCGAGGAAGUGAGGUCGGAGUCAGGGCCUAAGGUGCCGCCACUGAAGAUCGUCAUCCCAGGUGGCGCUGGCGGCUCCGGUGGCAGGAGUGAACAGGAAGAAGGCGGUACAGGUCAAAGGGGUAGCGGCAAGGGGCGCGGGGGAGGGACGUUGCCGUACGUCAUCCCCUGCACCACUAACGACGCGGGGCAAACAUCUGACAGCUCAGACGGUAACAGCGAUGAUAAACGUCUCAGUGAAUGUGGAAAGACUGGCCAACGGGUGCUGCGCUCUCACAGGACCAACGACGACAAGGAUAAAGGUAGAACAUCUCCGCAUACUGGCGCUGAAACUAGGGGACAAGCUCUCAGUCUAAACAAGAGCCCACCUCAGGGAUCUGGCAAAAAAAAUUUUCAGGAUCACCAUCACGACCACCACUCCAGCCGAGAGACUUCAGAGUUGCAUCCGAGGAAGCGUAAAAUCAAGACAUCGAAGGACAGCCAUCGUGAAUCGAGACACGAAACAAUCCAGGAUACCAGCGUCAUAUUGGCGAUCAUAAACUCCAACCCUUACCAGAUGCAUUUACAGAUCCGUAAACAGGUAGAGCAACGUCAAAAGUGCCUGUUCCCAGUAAAGCCAAAGCCACCGAAGGACUUCCACAAGUACCUGAUGAACCGCUGCACCUACACUCUGCAAGCAAAUGUCAACCCUCCAGCUAUAGAAAUACCGCCCAAUCUAUCGCAGCAGAUGGUAGAGGAAUUCAAACGACAGGAACAAGAAAGGGCACAUUUACGUAUGCAGCAUCUUGUUGAAAAAGAGAAGUUAGUAUUGUCUGUUGAACAAGAGAUAUUGAGAGUCCACGGACGAGCGGAACGCGCUGUCGCCAACCAGGCUUUGCCAUAUUCAGUAUGUACAGUUCUUCGUGAUAAGGAAGUAUGCAAUCUGCUUGCACCAGAACAAGAGGAGAAGCGUAAUGCACAACGUUCCAGAUGCAACGGACGACAGAUUAACUCCUGGCUGCAAGAAGUCGAUGAUAAAUGGGAAAAAAUCAAAGAGGUAAUGCUUCGCCGUCAGAAUAUGGAGGCAGAAACUCUACACGCCUCUCAAAUAAUGGAAUGGGAGUGGAAAUUAAAAGAUUCCGGCCUCUGCGAGUUCAACACGAACCCCAAGAUAGAAAACGUCCACGUCCCUCAGAUUCACGUAUCGAAUUUUGAUUUGCGCGCUUAAGUAGCUAUUUCAGAAUUAAUUUAUACUUGUGUCCGUCUCACCAAUAAGGUGGUUUAACCAUAAAAGGGGUGUGACCAAUAUCAACAUAUUACACAUAUUCAAUUACACUUUACAUUAACAAAUUUUCCUAAACAUACUCUUUACUAAUCAAAACUAACACUUCGAAUUGAUUGGAAUAUACUAUCAUGACACAAUUCUGUUUAUUAAAAUAUUACAAUUAAAAAAAAACAUAUUGCUUUAAAAGUAUUAGUAUUUUUGACCGACUUCCCAAAAGAAGGGGGUACUCAAUUCGUCUGUAUGUUUUUUUUUAUAUGUGUGUUAUCAAAUGUCUUAAUAUAGGGUUAUCGGCACAAUUAUUUUUUUUACGCCCCAGUAUACUUUAUUUUUUUUAUUUGCAUUGCCACUACGUUAUUCAGAAUUCAAAUAUGAUCAAUAUUGUACACUAGC